AUGCCUCUCCCGCCCUACACAGGGCCAUUUCAGGUUGGUGAGUGGGCAGCAAAAACUUAGAUCCCGAUGCAUUUUCCAAACGUGGCUGUCGCUCAGAUUCAGCUGGCAUGUUUACACCUUACCUCCCCGCCUGCCCAAUAAUGCGCUUUACCAGGCGCAAUCGAUCUGGAGAUACCGGUACGGCGUCCAAGGCCGUUCGGCGCGUCUGUAGUAGCAAAUGACCGCAUCAAUGUGCCCAGAGGCUCUCACUCGUGGCGUCGCAAAGCCGGCAAGCGUGGCCAUACGCAUCAAGUGCCGCAAGGCAAGGAGCCACAAUCAGAAGGUCUAGCAUCGACUGCCGAAGGGACACAGCACCAGGCGGAGGAGGGCGCCGAUGAAACCAAGGGCGCAUACGGUCCGCUGCGUGGUGGCAGCAAGACGUCUACCCUGUACAUGAGCACCGUGCUCUUCACAGUCUACUACCCCAGCAGCAUCAACGAGCAAGAAGCCAAAAAGUACGACCGAGUAGCUUGGCUGGGGCGUCCCAAGAGAAAAGGCGUGAGCGCUCUCUUCUCAUAUGUCGGGCAGUAUGGCCCCAUGGCUGUUCCUGCUAGUCCAGCCAUCUUUUCCCUUGCGGCCGCAAAAAUGACUGCGAGGUGCGCUCCUCCUCUCGCAUCCACAGAUGAUCCGCGCGUCUCUGUACCUCCACCUUUCGCUCGCACAGAGACUGGCAUGUUCGGCGACGAGCCUGCCCGCUUUCCCCUCGUCAUCUUCUCGCACGGGCUGGCUGGCAAUCGUCUGGCCUACUCGCAAUUCUGUGGAGAGCUAGCUUCCUACGGGGCAGUCGUCGCGGCAGUCGAGCAUAGGGAUGGCUCGGGGGUUCGCAGCUCUGUCCGCUUCCCUCUUGGUCAAGGCGAAAAGGAAGAAGAUGCGGAGCAGGGCAAGGACGAGGCGCAGCGAGUGCAGCGAGACGGACCUGCGCAGGGAUCAGCCCUGACGACGAAGAAUCCAGGCAAGACUGAACACCACCCGCACGCCAACAGACUGCUUGGAAGGCGCACAGCAUCCUAUCAGCCCAAAUCAGACGUGCCGUAUCUCGUCUUUGAGGCAGUAGGCAUGAGAUCGUUCGCGCCGAAGCCGACCGAGGAUGAGAUGGGCUUGCGCCAAGCACAAUUGGCGAUGCGUAAUGCUGAGCUCAAUGAGUGCUUACACGUGUUAAAGAGGAUUGAACGGGGUGAAGGAGAGCAAGUGGCGAGAGAAAGCACACGUGGCCUCGCAAACAAAUUGAGCACAGGGGCUGCGAAGCGCGAGAAGCAGAGACGAGUAGGAAAGCAGCCUUCUUACACAGCGGGAAGUCUAGAAGAAGCCAUCGAUGGUCUCGCGGCGUGGAAAGGGAAGCUGGAUGUCGACAAGCCUGCUUUGAUGGGCCAUUCGUUCGGUGGUGCUGCAGUGCUCGAGUCCUCUCGCAUGGCACCUGAAAACGAAACGCCCAACGGGACCAGCGCAGACCAGCAAUCCAUGCCGCCUUGGCUGCUCACCAUCGUUCUGGACCCCUGGGUCGAACCCGUCGUCGAGGAUGGCGGGAAGCCCAACUCGGUGCCAACGUUCUGCAUCAACACCGAAGCCUUCUCGGUAUGGCAGGAACACUUUGAGAAGUUGAAGCGCAUCAUGAGUGCCGCUCGUCAGGCCAAUGGCGAAAAUAGAGGCUUCCUGUUGACAGUAUGCGCCACAAAUCAUCUCGACGUCUCAGACUACCCUUUCCUUCUGCCGCAUCUCUUCAGAUCUACUGUCGGACCUCAUGCCGCGGUGCGUCUAUUCAGCAGAGCGGCGUACGUGGAGAUCGGUCUUAGUAGACAGCGUUACCGAGAAAGAGCCAACGACCCGGGUUUCAAAUUUCGAGUGGUAGCUGGUAAAGAUCCUAAGAUGGGAGCUGGGCAGAAACCAACAGAUGACAAGCAUCAUGCGCACAAAGCCGAAGGCGCUCUUCAACACGUAGCAGACAGUGAUGGAGCACAUCUCCACGCCGAGCAUACUGUGAUUCCUCCGGAUCUACCUAAUGCCGCUCCUCCAAAAGAUGCGCUGGAAGAACCACGAGACAGAGCAGACGCACUUGAGGGUGCGGCCGUCAAAGCGCGGAUGCAGCCCGAAGGGAACGACAUUGGUCUCGCCGAGCAGCGAGGAAGAGCGCGCAUCCUGGACAAGUUGAUGCAUCCGAGCAGACCCAGCAGUGGCAGCUCGCGGUCACAAAAUGUAGCAAACCAUCGGCAGCGCGACUCUCAGACCGGCUCUCCAGCCAGCUCUCGACCGCACAGCAAUGCAGGAGGAUCUGAGCAUCAGCAUCCCCACUUGGUGGGCGGUGUCGUAGCUAAACGGAGCGAUUCUGGCAACGGCCUACUUGGAAUACCGAGAACAAGUGCAGAUGAAUCCGACUUUGUUACGAGCGCUCAUGAGCUCGUCGAUGUGGACAGGGACGUCGAGGCUGUCCAGGCCGCUGUGGAGGAUAUCAGUGCCAUACAAUCGUACAAGCACGUGAGUAUGCUUGUGACUCGACCUGUAUUGGUCAAAGUUCGCGCGAGAUUCGAGUCGCCAAAGAUCUGCAACGAGCGUCACUGAUUGACCGUUUCACUUCGCAUUUCCAAUAGCCCAAGAUCCAUUCCCUGCUGGGACUGCUUUUCAGAAUGAAAGGCGUGAGACCUGGACUUUCCACUGUGAGUAUGCUGCGGGCGCACGGGCUAGAAGAAGCAGCUCCAUCUCAAUCGUCCCACCCCCCGACAGCCUGGAAGCGUGCUUGUGCACUCCAUACCAUGA